AUGCCGUAUUCGCCAGAGAACUUAGAUGAUUCUCUUCUGGCUCGUCGAGCAAAGAAUCGCCAGGCCCAGCGCCAGUUCCGCCAGCGUCGGCAAGAGGCAUUGGAUGCCCAGGAAGGACGAAUCAGGCAUCUGGAGCACGUAGCCGAGCAGAUGAGUUGCGUUUUUAUGAGCUUUUUCGAUGAAAUGAUUAAGACAAAACCAAUUGUGGAGGAGAAUCCAGCCUUAGGCGAUCACCUUCGGCAAACUGCAGCACGCAUGUUAGCAUUAGCAAGACAGGUGGAUGAGGAACAGCCAAGAGCACGAACACAAGAAAAGGAGGCUCGGCCUCUCUCUUCACAAAAUCAUACACAACUGGGACUACCGUAUACCAAUUCGUUCCCUGAUACGACAAGGGCGGGAUCGUCUGUGCGUACAGCCAGAAACAUCGGCGCGGCUGUCACUCAGGAAGAGAGCGUGAGCCCAAUAUCUUUACCGACAGAAGCUCCCUUUAUGCUCAAGUCCUCUGCCACGAGAUUACAGCCAUUUCCGUAUUCAGUACUUGAUGCUGGUCGGCCCUUGCAGGCCUUGAGCCCGUUUACAACUGAGCUACUCGAGACAACCCUACGUCGGGCCUACGUCUUCCUGGAGAAUGCGCCCGACUUGUCAGCCGAGAAAGUACAGCGCAUUUUCGGGUUCACUCUUCGUCAUCUUACCCGUGAGCAGAUCCUCGCUGCCCAAAGAUGGCUGCUUGGCCCGGGCCGAUGUUCCAUGCAUCAAGCUGCCGAAGUAUACGUAACUAUCGGUAGCUACGGCAAUGCCCCUCCCGGGCCUCGGGUUCUAACCUGGAAUAGUGAGUUUAGAGAAGACAACCUUACAUCACAGCCCGAUUGGCUUGGCGCGUCUGAUGUCCAAAAGGAGCUUGAGUGGCUUGGUGUCGAGUUUGUAGAUGAUCGUACGAUUGAGAUCAACACCCAGCACCCUCGCUUGUAUCCCCUCGGCUCCGAUGACGGGGACAAGGCUGCAUUGCGGAAUCCAUUUGGAUAUAUUGUCCAAACUAAACACAUUGCGCCUAGCAUAUCCGACGCGUCAAGAAUAAGAAUCCGACAGUCUCUUCUGAUACACCAACUGUGCACAAGGGCUGUGUGCUUUGGCACGGGGCCAAGAUAUUCACGCCCGGACCUGGCGAGGAUAAUACAAGCCCUGCCAAGUAUGGUUUAA